GAAACGAUUCCCAAGGUUCCCCUCAGGUUUGGGUGGUUGGACGGUGGCGGGAUCUGAAAGCCAAGGCAACCGGGAUCUUCCUAGACUGUGAGAGCGCCCCCUUCUCCAGCGACUUCUGGGAUCCUGCAGCAGCAAUGGCUCGGGUAUCCGGCUCACGGAGCCCGGAAACCUCGGGCUCCGGGGGAAAACGUCGCAGUUCGUCGAAGAGCCCCAAGCCCAGCAAAUCUGCUCGCUCCCCGCGGGGCCGCCGCUCUCGCUCGCACUCGUGCUCUCGAUCCGGGGAACGGAAUGGCCUCAGUCACCAUCUAGGUGGCCUCAGUCACAGCUCAAGAAACCAGUCCUACCGCUCCCGCUCGCGGUCACGUUCUCGAGAGCGGCCCUCUGCGCCUCGGAGCACACCUUUCGCUUCUGUCUCCUCGUCCACCUAUUAUGGCGGCUACUCGCGCCCCUAUGGGAGCGACAAGCCGUGGCCUAGCCUCCUGGACAAGGAGAGGGAGGAAAGCCUGCGGCAGAAGAGAUUAAGUGAGAGAGAGAGGAUUGGAGAAUUGGGAGCUCCUGAAGUAUGGGGACUUUCUCCAAAGAAUCCUGAACCAGACUCUGAUGAACAUACACCAGUAGAGGAUGAAGAGCCAAAGAAAAGCACUACGUCGGCUUCUUCUUCAGAAGAUGAAAAGAAGAAGAAGAAGAAGUCUAAUCAUUCAAAAGAAAGGUCCAAGAAAAGGAGAAAGAAAAAAUCAUCUAAAAGAAAACACAGGAAGUAUUCUGAAGAUAGUGACAGUGACUCUGAUUCUGAAACAGACUCUAGUGAUGAAGAUACAAAAAGGAAAGCAAAGAAAGCCAAGAAAAAGGAAAAGAAGAAGAAACACAGAUCGAAGAAGUAUAAGAAAAAGAAAUCUAAAAAGAACAGAAAAGAAUCCAGUGAUUCAAGCUCUAAAGAGUCCCAAGAAGAGUUUCUGGAGAAUCCCUGGAAGGAUCGAUCAAAGGCUGAAGAACCUUCAGAUUUAAUUGGCCCAGAGGCUCCAAAAACUCUUGCCUCUCAAGAUGAUAAACCUUUGAACUAUGGCCAUGCUCUGUUACCUGGUGAAGGUGCAGCUAUGGCUGAAUAUGUAAAAGCUGGAAAACGUAUUCCACGAAGAGGAGAAAUUGGCUUGACAAGUGAAGAAAUUGCAUCAUUUGAAUGUUCAGGUUAUGUAAUGAGUGGUAGCAGGCAUCGCCGAAUGGAGGCUGUGCGACUGCGAAAAGAGAACCAGAUCUAUAGUGCUGACGAGAAAAGAGCCCUUGCAUCCUUUAAUCAAGAAGAGAGACGGAAAAGAGAGAACAAGAUUCUGGCCAGUUUUCGAGAGAUGGUAUACCGAAAGACCAAAGGGAAGGACGAUAAAUAAGGAUUUUCUGAUUAUUCAGCAGACAUUUUUAGUGACAAAAACAGAAGUCUGGGUUCCACACAUGCACACAAAAAGAUUAUUGUACUCUGAACAAGCUUUACAGUGCUCCUGUGCCUUCUAUUUAAUUCUUUCUGUCCUUCAAUAAAAAGCUGCUUAUUGAUACAACUUUAGCAAGUACUUUUGGAUCGACCAUAACUCCUCUCUGGUUUAAAAAUCCAAAUUAUGAAUGAAAUCCUACUAUAUUGGGAGAGGUGGCAUGGAGAGAAAGUGUGUGAUGAGAAAAACUUAAAUCUCAUGCCAUUGCACAGUGCUACCUCUAGCUCUACAUGAUACCUGCCCUCCCCACCCACCCCCAACUGAACUUACGAGAAAUUAUCAUUCCUCUGUGUUGAAUGUGAUAUAAAUGGACUUGGUAGAAACAUAGGAGGACAUUUUUGUUUUAAAAAAAGAUGAAGGCAUUGCUGAAAAAAAGCAAAUCUACUAUUUGAAGACUUACAUAAUAUGAUAUAUAAUCUACCCUGGAAAUAAAGUAUUUUGGUUUAAGUCCCUGCCUCCCCUCCAAAAGCAAACCAAAAACAAAACUAACCCACAGACUUACUGAAUUGAAAAAUGUGGACAUUAGGUUUUUAAAUUUUUAAUAAAUUAUUUUAAAAUUAUUCUUUCAAAUAUAUAAUAUUAGGACAUUACUGUUGUGCCAAUGUUUUGAUCUAAACUGUACUUUGAUGCUAAGAUAACUAAAUGAAUGGGACUCAAGUAUGUCAAGAGUUGUGAUAGGAAACAUAAUGAACCAGUAUUUUAGUUGUUUCAUAGGAUAAAAUGAUAUUAAACCUUUGUAAUGCUGUCCUUUAUGUAAUAAGAUUUUAUUUUUAAACAUUGUUAAACCUUUCAGUUUAUGUUGUAAGCUGUCAUUCAUUUUAAUUGUUAACCUUGUACAGAAGUUCCUCACUUUAUCUUUUUUAUGCUAUUAUUUAUUUCUAAGUUUGGGGAAAACGGAACAUUGUAGGAUUGUGAGGCCACUAUCCUUCCCUUAUUUUGGUCAAUUUUGAUUAAGUCACAAGAGGGAGGGGACAGUGGAAGUUUUGACUGUUUUUGUUAAGGUGAUUUUGAUCAUUAUUAUUAUAUGCCUAAGAUAAAUUUAAAUUACCUGGUGGGAAAGUAUGACUAUGCUGUUAUAAAAUGUCCUCUCCUUAUAAUAAAGUGCUUUUUUAAAGUCUUUAAAUAAGGCUAUCAUAUUUCAAAGUACAAGGCAAAAGUUUUACCAUUUAACAUAGUUCUAGGAAAAUGUCUGCCUUUUGUUAUUAAGAGGCAGAUAGAGACAGAGAGCUGCCAUCUGUUAGUUAACGCCCCAAAUGCAAGCAACAGCACAGGCUGGACCUGGGUAAAGCCAGGAGCUCAGAACUCAAUCUGGGUCUCCCACAUGGGUGACAGGAACCCAGUUUCUUAAGCCAUCAUCUGCUACCUCCCGGGGUUUGCAUUGGCAGGAAGCUGGAAUCAGGUCAGAGCUGGAACUCAAACCCAUGUACUCUGAUAUGGGGUGCAGGUAUCCUAACCAAUGUCUUAAUCACUAGCCCAAAUGCCUGUCCCUGUCUACUUUUUUUUUUUUUAGUUAUUUAUUUGAAAGACAGAGUUAGAGAGAUCUUUCAUCCUCUGGUUCAUUCCCCAAAUGCCUCCAAUGUCCUGGGCUGGGUCAGAGCAGAGCUAGGAGCCUGGCACUCCAUCCAGGUCUCCCAUGUGGAUGGUAGGAGCAAAAACACGUCGGCUGCCUUACGCUGUUUUACAAGCACAUUACCAGGGAUCUGGAUCAGAAGCGGAGUUUCCAGGCCUCAAACUGGCAUUUAUCAUGCUGGCGUCACAGGCAGCAGUUUAAUCUCCUGUCUCACAAUGCUGGCCCCUGCCUCUGUCUACUUUUUUUCAAAAAUAUUUAUUUAUUUAUUUUGAAAGUUAGACUUGGGGCUGGCGCUGUGGUGUAGUGGGUAAGGCCACUGCCUGCAGUGCCGACAUACCAUAUGAGUGCCAGUUCAAGUCCCAGCUGUUCCACUUCCAAUCCAGCUCUCUGCUAUGGCCUGGGAAAGCUGUAGAGAAGAUGGCCCAAGUCCUCGAGCCUCUGCACCCAUAUGGGAGACCCAGAAGAAGCUCCAGGCUCCUGGCUUCAGAUUGGCCCAGCUCCAGCCACUGCGGCCAUCUGGGGA